AUGCGCGAUGCCGCAAAGAUCACGCCUUCCUAUCAGAACACUGUGUUGGUUGGAACCAUUGUCGAUUGCGCACUUCGGCUGAAGCACAAUGAGGUGGAUGGAAAGGCUACUGUGGAACAAAAGAAGGCCGACAUUAUUCAAUUCUACGUGCAAAGCGUCAUCUCCUCCAAAUCUGCUGUUCCUACUGCUUCCAUGGUUGCAUUAAACGACUUUGUCCGAAGCAAUGUGACGGAAGCUGAUUUUGAGGCAAACUUAAUGCCUGUUUUAGAGAAGAUGAUGUUGCGUGCACCUGAAUUGGUCUUGAGAGAUCUCGCCCACAUGAUGCCAGCACUAUCAUUCGAUCCAUCAGCAUUGUUCGCCAAGAAACUUGUCGAUCCUCUUUUGAAUCAUAUGCGCUCAACCUCAGCUCAAACCCGUGUUGAUGCCGUCCUUUUAUGGACAGCUCUUUCAAAGAUCUGUCAUGACGAGACUCAAUUGACCACAGUUUGUGGUAACGCUGGCAAAUUGUUGACAACCGGAAAAGUGACAUCUUGGGAACAUCGCAUUUUGGUCUAUCAGGCUAUCGCCGGCCUUGCUGAUUCAAACUUGCCUGCUGUCAGCCAGAACGCCGCUGAAAUCUAUGUGACUAUGGCUGCAAAGGAAGCGAAUGAGCAAGCUUUAGCCACAGCUAUCCUCGGUCUUGGACGUCAUCUUUCUGUUUUGACCUCGUCUCAAGAAAUUUUAGCUAAGCAUAAAGCAGUUGUUGAGAAAUCCUUCAAGGCAAUGGGAGAUGGUCUUGCAAGCAACAAAGCUCUCGCUCGCAAAUCAUGGGCCAUGGCUUUGGCCAAUCUAGUCAUGUCUUUGCCCCAAAAUGGAGAACACUUGGCGGAUGUCUUACCAAAGUUAUUGACAGCCUUAUUUUCGACUUUCAAGAAAAUCGCUGACAAGCCAUUGGCAUGGAAGGAUGGUCCUAUGGAAGCAUUCAUACUCAUCGCCAUUGUCACUGGAAAAAUCAGCUUGUGGUCAACCACCCCAGCUUCUGUGUCAACCAUUUUGAAGGCUGAGAAGUACCCAACCUCGAUUUUGACAUGCAGCCCCAAACCAUCAUUCUUUUUGCUUGAUCGUGUCUUCACUAAGGCUACCAGUGCUGAAGAAGGCCACUGGUUUGUUGUUGCGUUGGAAAGCACACUGGGUAAUACCAGCAUCGAGACUUUGGAGAAGAACAAGGCCGUGAACCACUUGGCGCAAGCUUUUAUCUGGGCACUCACAUCUCACCCUGUACAUGCCGUCCGACGUGAAGCUUAUCAUGCCCUCCAGCGCUUAGCAAAGAAAAUUCCUCAGGAAUUGGGAACUGUCAUCAGAUCUGGUUUGAACACAUGGCUCCGUGAUAUUGAGAACCAAACCAAGGAUUCGACCGCUUUCAGCACCGUUAGCAACCAGGAGCUGCCUGAUGAGGAUAGAGCUUACCGACUUUCAACAGUCUUGACAGCUAUCACUAGCUUUGCACCAGAUCUGGCUGAGGAUAUCAAAGAGAAGGAAUUGGUUCAAUUAUUGGUGUUCGCCCAUCAUAAAUAUAUUGUUUCGCCUAACGACAAGUAUAAUUGGAUUACGCUUUUGCAACGUGUUUCGGUGAACCCUGGUACUGUUGUCAAAAAUCGUCUCGAGACCCUCAAGGAAAUGAUCUCUGCCAACUUGGCGGAUGUCAAGCAAUCUCAGCUCUUCUAUGAUGCCGCUAUUGCAUCCACCUCAACUAUUGUUUUCGUCGACCCUGAUACAGCAAUGAAUGCCGUUAUGUCUAUGAUCGAAGAGGAUUUGGACGCAAAGCAAUUGAAGGGCAUUGGUUCACAAGAAAUUGCCAUUUGGCGCACUCCUGAGGGCGAAGUCUAUGUUGAUGUUCUCAAGCGAGGAAAGAAGAGCGUUGUUGAGGAUAGAAAUCGUAAAGACUACGCCGAGAAGAAAUGGGAGCAGAGUAUUCGUGAAGAACUGGCCAAGAAGAAGGGCGUUAACGCUGGCCCUAAGCUUACCAAGGAGGAACAAGCAACUCUUGACGCACAGUUGAGGAAGGAGAAGGAUAUUCGACGCAACGUUCAGAAUAUCUUUGACAAACUCACCAAGGGCUUGGAUCUCGUGAAAGCCAUUGUCAAAGGGAACAGUGAGGAAACAGCAAACCAUCUUGUUAGCUUGAUUCGAUCGCUUUUGAAGCUUUGUGAUCGCAAUGCCGGUGCAUUAGUUGGCGAAGAUCUGUUCGAUACUUAUCUGCAGAUCGGAACCUGCACCGACGAAUCCCUUGAAAGCAUUAGAACUUCGCUUGGCGUUGCUACCCUUCGCUCAAUGAAGGCGGAACCCAUUCCUGAGAAAUGGCAACAGGAGCCUUUGAUUGAUAUGGCGGUCCGUGUUUUGUACCGACUCAGAUUCAUUUCAGAACGAUCACCUCUUUCGCCUUCUUCAUUCGCCUACUGCUUCCCAAUUCUUCAUCGUAUCAUUACCGAAUCUGGUAUUGACUGCGAUAAGAAGACAGAGCAAGGCAAAGAAAAUGCUUUGGAACAGGUUACUAUUGCUGUUGGAAUCAUUGGAUUCCACUGCACCAUGGGAGCCGAAUCUUCUCUUCCACGACAAGAAAUGAUUGCCAGUCUAUUACUUACCAUCAAAGAAUUCCCUCAAUGCGCUAAAGCAGCAAAGACAUCCCUUGUUGAUUUGUGUGAUGCUCUAGGUGAAUCAGCAACACCUGCUGAAAUCAACAUCUUGUGCCAAGGCGUUAUUUCUGGCGAAUCCCUUGUACGAGUUGCAGCUCUGAACGGAUUGGAGCCUCUUGAUCUUACUGAUAUGACCUAUUCUGACGAAAUUUGGAUUGCCUGUCAUGAUGAAGAUGAGCAGAAUGCUAAGUUGGCCUCACAAAUCUGGGAAGAGAAUGCACUGGACGUUGAAGAAAACUAUGCCGACACUUUGCUGGCCUACUUGGUCCACGAUACAAGCUUUGUCCGUGUUUCCGCUGGUAAAGCUUUGGCUUCAGCUGUUCAGAUGUACCCAGAGACAUCCGCAGAUGUGUUACAAUCUAUCUUUGCCAAAUAUGGCGAGUUUGCUAGACCCUUGGUUCCAGAAUACGAUGAAUACGGCAUGGUGAUUCCGGCUAGUCUCAAUCGCCAAGAUCCUUGGGAAGCACGCACUGGCCUUGCCAUGGCAUUAACACAAGUUGCCCCUCACAUUGAUGUAUCCGCCGCCGAAUCGUUCAUUAAGUUCUUGAUUCAAGAUCAAGCGCUAGGCGAUCGCAAUGAAACAGUGCGUCAAAAAAUGGUUGAAGCUGGUCUGGCCAUCGUCAACACUUUUGGCCCAGAGCAUGUCCAAGUCAUUUUGGCUCCUUUCGAGGAUUACUUGAGCACCAAUACUACCUCCCACUCUGAAACCCAGGAUUACGUUCAACAGGGCGUUGUCAUCUUGUACGGUGCGGCUGCUGGCCAUCUUGAACCCGGUGACCCCAAGAUCCGUAACGCGGUCAACAAAUUGAUCGAAACCUUGGAUACACCUUCUGAGGCUGUCCAAUCUGCUGUUGCUACCUGCUUACCCAACUUGAUCAAGAUGAUCAAGGACGAUGCGCCAAAACUUGUUGAAGGUCUGUUGGAGAAGCUUGUCAAGGGCGAAAAGUAUGCUCACCGAAGAGGUGCUGCAUUCGGUUUGGCAGGUGUUGUUAAGGGCCGUGGUAUCAGUGCUCUCAAGGAAUGUGGUAUUAUGCAAGCCCUCAAGGACGCUGUUGAUAACAAAAAAGUGUACCAGUAUCGCCAAGGCGCUUUGUUCGCUUUCGAAACUUUAUCUCAGACUCUUGGACGGCUAUUUGAACCCUAUGUUAUUCAAAUCUUGCCCAUGCUUUUGGCUUGUUUUGGUGACUCCAAUCCUGAUGUCCGUGAAGCCACCAGCGAUGCCGCUCGUGUUAUCAUGAGUAAGAUCAGUGGACAUUGUGUCAAGCUUAUUUUGCCAACUUUGUUGGCUGGUUUGGAUGACCGACAAUGGCGUGCUAAGAAGGGAUCUGUCGAACUUCUCGGUUCCAUGGCCUACUGUGCUCCCAAGCAGCUCUCCAUCUCUUUGCCAACAAUUGUUCCUCGUAUUACUGAAGUCCUUGCUGAUUCUCACGCACAGGUUCAAACUGCUGCUAAUAACUCUCUCAUGUUAUUCGGAGAAGUUAUUAGCAAUCCUGAAAUUCAACAACUUGUCCCCAUUUUGUUGGAUGCUUUGAGCGAUCCUAACCGCAAGACCAAGAGCGCUCUUACUGCUUUGUUGCAAACUGCUUUCGUCCAUUACAUCGAUUCUCCCUCUUUGGCUCUUGUCAUCCCAAUUCUCGAGCGUGGUUUGAAGGAACGCAGCACUGAGAUCAAGACCAAAUCUGCUCAAAUUGUUGGUAACAUGUCGUCAUUGACCGAUCAAAAGGAUCUUGUUCCCUACUUGCCUCGUUUGAUGCCUGGCGUAAAGGAGGUAUUGGUCGACCCUGUUCCGGAAGCUAGAGCAACGGCUGCCAAGGCCCUCGGAAGUUUGGUUGAAAAGCUAGGUGAAGAGAACUUCCCUGAUCUCAUUACCGAACUUGUCGAUACUCUCAAGGUCGACACUGGCGGUGUCGAUAGACAAGGUGCAGCUCAAGGUCUUUCAGAAGUCCUUGCUGGCCUUGGAAUGGAGAGAUUGGAUGGCCUCUUGCCCGAGAUUAUCGCCAACGCUGAUAGUCCUAGAUCUUAUGUCCGUGAAGGUUUCAUUUCUCUUCUCAUUUACCUGCCAGCCACAUUUGGUACCCGCUUCCAACCUUAUCUCGGUCGCAUCAUUCCCCCCAUCCUUAUGGGUCUUGCUGACGAGUCUGAGUUUGUGCGAGAUGCUUCUCUGCGUGCUGGUCGUAUGAUCGUCAUGAACUACGCUACCAAGGCUGUCGAUCUUCUUCUACCAGAACUUGAAAAGGGAUUGUUCGAUGACAACUGGCGUAUUCGUCAAAGUUCCGUCCAAUUGGUCGGAGACUUGCUGUUCCGUAUCACCGGUCAAACCAACAAGACAACAGCUGCUGUUAUGGACGAAGCCGCAGACCAGGAAGAUGACGAGGACGACGAGUCCGCUGGAAAUGAGCAUGGAAAGAAAGCAUUGUUGGAUGUCUUGGGCAAAGAAAAGCGCGACCGCGUUCUUGCCGCUCUAUACAUUGUUCGCCAAGAUACAUCUGGUAUGGUUCGCCAAUCAUCUCUCAUUGUUUGGAAGUCUCUUGUAUCAAACACCCCUCGUACACUCAAGGAUAUUCUUCCUGUCAUGAUGUCCAUCAUCAUUCGCAACUUGGCCAGUCCUUCAUACGAUCGACGUACUGUUGCUGCUAGAACCUUGGGUGAUCUUGUCCGUAAACUUGGCGAGAGCAUCUUGCUCGAAAUCUUGCCUAUUUUGGAAGAAGGUCUUGAGUCUAAUGAUGAAGACACCAGACAAGGUGUUUCCAUUGCUCUCAGUGAGGUCAUGUCCACCGCUGGCCGUGUACAGGUCAAUGAUUAUGUCGACUCCAUUAUCCCGUCUGUACGAAAGGCGCUUUGCGACUCGUCCACUGAAGUUCGUGAAGCAGCUGCUCAAGCUUUCGAUACCUUGCAUCAAUGCGUCGGACCUAAAGCCAUUGACGAAAUUCUUCCUACCUUGCUUAACAUGCUUCAGUCUUCAGAUGAAGAAUCUGUUUAUGCUCUGGAAGCACUCAAGGAGAUCAUGGCUGUUCGUGCCAAUGUUGUUUUCCCUGUGCUGAUCCCAACCUUGAUUGCUACUCCCAUUUCUGCAUUCAAUGCUCGCGCUUUGGGCUCUUUGGCAACCGUCGCUGGAUCUGCACUGAACCGACGUAUCACCACCAUUCUUGGUGCCUUGAUGAACUCUCUUUGCCAAGAAAAGGACGAGGAGACUGUUCAAGAAUUGAAGAACACUAUUCGUUCUGUCUUGUUAUCUAUUGAAGAUGAUGAAGGUUUGCAUACGUUGAUGGCUAUGUUGCAAGAAUAUGCUCGCAGCGAAGAUCCUAUUAAGAGAGCUGGUGCUUGUGAAACCACCGGUAUUUUCUACGGCGAAAACAAACUUGAUGCCUCUCGAUAUGUUAGCGAUUGGUUCAGAAUUCUCAUCUCUCUGUUCGAUGACCGUAUUCCCGAUGUUGUCAAGGCUGCAUGGACUGCGCUCACUGCUGUGGCUAAAUCUGUCAAGAAGGAUGACUUGGACGGCCUUGUUAGCCACAUUCGACGUGCUGUCAAGAAUGUUGGUGUUGCCGGUGUUGAUCUUCCUGGCUUCUGCUUGCCAAAGGGUAUCAGUCCUAUUCUUCCCAUUUUCUUGAAUGGCCUUAUGUAUGGCUCAACUGAUAUUCGUGAACAAUCAGCUUUGGGUGUUGGCGAUUUGAUUAGCCGAACAUCGGCUGAGGCCCUCAAGCCUUUCGUGACCCAAAUCACUGGUCCUUUGAUUCGUAUCAUGGGUGAUCGUUACCCUCCUCAAGUGAAGGCCGCUAUCUUGCAGACCCUCAGUAUGCUGCUAAGCAAGGUCCCAACCUACCUCAAGCCCUUCUUACCACAACUCCAGCGUACAUUCAUCAAAUCACUCACAGACCCUACCAGUUCCAUUGUACGAUCAAGAGCUGCAUCAGCACUUGGUAUUCUUAUUUCAUUGCAAACUCGUGUUGAUCCCUUGAUUGCUGAACUGGUAUCUGGCAUCAAGACCGCUGAACCAGGCGUCAAGGAUACCAUGAUGAAUGCACUUCAGACUGUUGUUGCAAAGGCCGGAGCAGACCUUGGUGACGCCUCAAAGAAGGGUGUUCUUACUGUGAUGUCCGAAGGACUUGGUGACUCAGAUGAUGGUAUUGUUGUUGCUGCUGCACGUUUGCUUGGUUGCAUGGCCAAGGUGCUGUCGCCUGAAGAAGUCAAGUACAUUAUACAGUAA